AUGGCGUCUCGACCUGCCCUUGCGUUUUCGAGCCAAAAUCACCUCUGUAAACUCUGCUCCAAGGUUUUUGACCACCCCAAGGUGUUGCCGUGUCUUCACACAUUUUGCCGGGGCUGUCUGGAGAACUUACCGGCAAGCGGUGGGUCGUUGACGUGCCCGACUUGUGGCCAGGACACCCCUCUCACACAAGAUGGCGUCCAGGGCUUACGAGACAACACCCUCGCGGCAAAACUGCAUCCACAGAAGGACCCCAACGCCAAAGUAGUGAGAGCUAGUUGUACCGACUGUGAGUCAAACGGAAAGGACGCCGCUUUUUAUUGCUUUCAGUGCAUGAAGUAUCUCUGUGUAGACUGUGAGGAAGUUCAUAGGAAGGAAGACGCUUCGCAACGACAUGAACUUUGGAUAGCAGACAGCCCGUCAGAAAAACCCAAGAUGGUUGCCGCCCAGAGCUCGGACGAGGUUCCAAAGUGUAGAGAGCAUGACCAAGUAAGCGUCUUGUACUGUAACACUUGCCGUGAGGUGCUUUGCCCACACUGCGUUGUCAAGACCCACAAAUUGCACGAUUUCGUCGAGAUAACAGAAGCCAGGGAGACAGAAUUGAAGCGGAUUGAGAGAGGGAUAGAAGAGGCACAGUUCUGCUUGGAAAACCAGCGAAGAAAACUUGAGAUGACUGAAGAAACUGCGAAGAAGGCGUCGGAACAGUACGACACAAGUCGACAGCAAAUUCAGGAUCGUUCCAAGUAUCUUAUCCAGCUUGUACGCGAAUCUGAAGAACAGUGUCUUAAAGAACUGGAAGAAAAUCUCAAGACGCAGGUAGAGAGUACGUCAGGGAGGCAAGAAGAGCUUCUAGAUUCGUACAAGAACCACAUCGACUUCUCUCAAACACUUCUCGCGCAUGGAAGCUCAACGGAGAUUUUGUCCCUUGGCGGUUGUCUUGCAGAUCGACUCCACAGUUUGAAGAUGAAAAGCGUUGAGUCGGGGAACAGUGACACGCAGUCAAAGAUGUCCAAAUGCCUUACUUUCGCCACGGAGAAGAAAGACGUCAAAAACGACAUCGAGUCACUUUUUGGUCAAGUUGGAAAGGCAGACGACACCACGGAAGACAACAUUCUGAAGGAAAAUCGUGAGGAAACUGUGACGUCACUGGGAGGGCUGACCACUCAAUGGAAGAGCGGCAGGCCAAGGUCAUUCAGUCUAGUUGUCACCACCCCCGGGGACAUUAUCGUAGCUGGGCAAAAAGUGCUGAAAAUCAUCAACGGAGACAACUUGGACGUUAUAAAAACCGUUGACUUGAAAUUUGAACCCAAAGACGUGGCGUACUCACACGACAAUGUGUACCUUACUGGCGAUGGUAGCAGCAUCCAUAUCUUUACCAGUAGUGGAAUAGAGAAAGAUGCCAUCAAUGUAGAAGACGCAGACCAACGGUGUAACACACAGGGGAUAGCAGCUAACAAGCCAGGGCAUAUCAUAGUAUCCAUGGGAGCACAAGUGUACGUAUUACUCCCUAACGGUGACAUUGAGUGUAGUUUUGUAGGCAGCGAAGAGCUGAAAAAGUUGCUAACUCAUGAAGAUGACAACAUCAUUGUAGCUGAUUGUCGGAACGAUCGGGUGUCGAAGUUCGGUCGAGAUGGAGCAUUCAUCAAGCACGUGAUCACCAAGCAUGACGGCCUGUUUGCACCAAUGGGAGUGGCUCUAUCACGUGAUGGGCGGAGCCUGAUUGUUUCUAGUCUAGUCGGGGGCAUGCCAUUAUAA